AUGUGGCCGCGUUUUUUGGCAUUUUGGUUGCUGGCAUGGAUUCAACCUGCCUAUUUUCUAUUUCCCGGUGCUGUUCCUGAUGAAGGCGAUGUUCGCCAUCUUUAUCCGAUCACACACAUCAGUAUUGGUCUCGAUAAUCAUGCUCAUAUGUUACCGUACCUGUUUGGCUGGUUGGAAAAUAUCGACUACCCAAAGGAUCGCCUUCGAAUCACAUUGUAUCAGCUUAGUAAGGAUGAUGUCACGGAAAAUCAACACAGUGAUGAGCAACUAUGUAGGUGGAAGAAUUCCGUGUCGUCGUUGUUUGCCUCGGUGACAGUCGUCGUAGGUGAGGAGAACUGGUUAGAAGCAGGGCUGAGAGCUGCACGAUUGCGCAAGGCCAGCCGGGUUCUGCUAAUGACUGGGGAUGCCCUCCCUUUUAGGGGCACACUGCUGCAGGAUUUGAAUUCUACCGCAGUUGUGAUGAGCGCCUUGUUUUCUCCGACCCUAAGCAGUGAAAUAAGCAACUGUGCAACAGUAGAUGACGACUACCGUGAUCGAGAAGUAAUAGAAAGAAGAAAGAUCUCAGAAGCAGUGUUGCCCAUGUUGAUAAACCUUGAUACAAUCGAUUCAUCAUACCUUACAUUUGAUUCGGAUAAUCUCCCCAAUUACCUGGGUAGUGGUGAUCCAUCUGAGUUCCGUUACCUGCUGGCCGACAUCGUUGCAGAUGGUGGACGUCUUCCGUUGGCUUCAAAAUUCGUUCGUCCAUGGACUCCAGAGCCACAGCUCUGGGACGUUGAAAAGAUCUAUAUGAUUAAUCUCAAACGACGUCCAGAGAGGAGAGCUAGAAUGGAAAGAAUUUUCGAGAUCCUUGGAGUCGAUGCAACGUAUUGGGAAGCGACUGAUGGGCAGAAUUUGCCCACUAAUUAUCAAUACCGUAUACUUCCUGGCUAUAUGGACCCCUAUCACAAAAGACCAAUCAAAGCCGGCGAGAUUGGAUGCUUUCUGAGCCAUUACAGGAUCUGGCAGGACGUCGUGCAACUCGGUCUUUCGCGUAUAGUCGUUUUCGAAGACGACCUCCGUUUCACUGAUGGUGGCUUGGAAAGAAUCAAAGAGGUGCUCGAGGACCUCGACGUUUCUAAAAUGGAAUGGGAUCUAAUUUAUCUGGGCAGAAAGAAACAAGCUGACCAGGAAGAAUUGUGGGUACGUAAUCACAGGCACCUCAGCACCGUCGGUUAUUCGUAUUGGACCCUUGGGUAUAUUUUAUCGGCAGAAGGAGCGCGUCGGCUCAUUGAUGCAAAACCGCUAGAGAAACUCCUUCCAGUUGAUGAAUACUUCCCUAUUAUGUUUAAUAAGCAUCCCAAUAAGGAAUGGAUGUCACAUUUUCCCGUACGAAAUCUACGUGCUUUCACUCUGUAUCCACUUAGCGUCUUUCCUCAGAGAUAUACCCAUGAAGAGGGCUAUGUGAGUGACACAGAGGAUUCGAAGGUUGUAAAAGAUGAAGUUACUUCUGAAACUCAGCUGAAAAAAGAUGAGCUAUAG